AUGUUUAUGGAAAUAGGUAGUAGAAGUGCAAGGGGGUAUGAGUUUGGAAGGACUUAUGUUGUGAGGCCCAAAGGAAAGCACCAAGCUACUAUUGUUUGGUUGCACGGUCUUGGAGACAAUGGCUCCAGCUCGUCUCAGCUCUUGGAGAGUCUGCCUCUUCCAAACGUAAAGUGGAUUUGUCCAACUGCUCCCUCACGUCCUGUUUCACUUCUGGGAGGCUUUCCUUGCACUGCCUGGUUUGACGUGGGAGAAAUCUCUGAGGAUCUUCAUGAUGAUAUAGAAGGCUUAGAUGCUUCAGCUGCACAUAUUGCUAACCUCUUAUCAGCCGAACCAACAGAUGUGAAAGUUGGGAUAGGGGGUUUCAGCAUGGGUGCAGCAAUAGCACUCUACUCCACAACGUGUUACGCUCUUGGACGUUAUGGAAACGGACUUCCCUAUACUAUAAACCUACGAGCUACUGUAGGACUCAGUGGUUGGCUUCCUGGUUGGAGGAGCUUAAGGAGCAAAAUAGAAAGUUCAAAUGAGGCUACAAGGCGUGCUGCAUCUAUACCAGUUAUACUUGCACAUGGAACUUCGGAUGAUGUAGUUCCUUAUAGGUUUGGAGAAACAUCUGCGCAUGCACUUGCCAUGGCUGGAUUUCGACAAGUUGUGUUCAAACCAUAUGAAGGGCUUGGUCACUAUACGGUUCCGAAAGAAAUGAAUGAGGUCGUUCACUGGCUCGCGUCAAGGCUUGGUCUCGAUGGCUCACGUUAAGCUCCAAAAGCAUGUUAUAGCUAUCUAUCUAUAUGGUGGUGUAGAAUAUAUAUAUAAUGUAUAAUGAG